AUCGUCCUCGAACCUGGCGCUACACAAGCCAACUUGCAGUUUCAAUAAUCUCUUGGUGUUGUCGUUGACGCCGAGCUUUGCGAAGUCUAGUCCUGUUGUUGAGAAAGAUUGGCGACAAUCUUACGGUCGUCAACUGUUCAUUUAACGGAUUCGUGCUUUAUCGACAACUGCGUAGUGCGCGCACCAUUUCUGCAGUCCCGCUCGAUAUGUUGUCCAAUCGAUGCGUGGCAAGGCGUCCGUCAGUUCUUCGCUGGCAGUGAGCUCACUUGGCGGGCCCUCCCAUUGCGCCUUUCGAGGACUCCCGGUUGCGCUAAAGCGACUUUCUCCCCCGAUUUUAUCCCUUGUGGUGACAUCUAUUUAGCAUCCAGGACCCAGUUUGCUGCAAUUUGGACGACGUCUUGAUUCCGUCCGAUCUAGAGACCGGGUCCAUCGCUACUCGGCAUAAGGCCGUCCGGUUUUCGGAAAGUGUGCCGGCGUGCGACCAUAUCUCGGAAGUCGACCUGAAUUCGCCGGCCCCGGCAUCGUUCGACCCUCACUGGAAGUUUCGGUCGUCACUUUUAUAAUGGCGCGGCGUUCCCAGUUCUCCCCCCAGGAUCGAUUCCCACUACUCAGCCAUGGGGACAGUUCCCCUGGGUCGCCAGAUUCGAUUAUCAUGCGCAACCUUGAGCAGUCGGCAAGCCUCAACAUGCUCAGUCUCACGCACGCUCGUAGCCAACGCGGGUUCGCGCAGCAUCAAGGAAUGCAUCCACUGAACCAGUUCAUCCACGGACCUGGACCGUGGAGUCCCUUCGAGGCUGCCGCGGGUCAGCCUGUUGGCAUGUCGUUCAACCAGCCGCGCCCGAGCUUCACGACCUACCGAAGCGCCCCGCCUUCGGAGCCCGAUACUGUUUGUCUAAGCAUAGGAGGGACGCCGACCGAUUCCGGAUACGGAAGCAAUGCCCGGCAGAGCGUGGGGAACCCUUCUGUCCAGGGAGAGCUCGAACAAAACUUCCUCUCUCGCUUUCAGGCAAUCGGACAGGAGGACGCCUCGCCGAAAGAUGAACCUCACACACGGGAAACCCAGGCCCAACGGCCUUCUUCCGGAGCGCCGACUUCGAAAAGAAUGACAUGCCCGGUUUGCAACGAGCCAGUGAAGAGGCGCUCCGACUUGAAAAAACACGAAGCUAGACAUACUCGCCCCUGCAAGUGUCCAUUCUGGGACUGUCCGAAGGCAGAGGAAGGAUUUGCUACUAAAAACGAUCUUGACCGGCACACGAAAUCCGUGCACAAGCUCUUGAUGGGUGUCGUGACGGUAUAUCGGUGCGAUGUGGACCAGUGUAAGGACAAGCCCAAGGACUGGCCCAGGCUAGAUAAUUUCAAGCAGCACCUGAGGAGAAAGCACGGCAUAGAAAACGCCGAUCUGAGUCGGUUUACGUUCCAGGUUUCGGGAUCCGAUGCUGCGGGCCUCCGCCCUUCCGAAUCUGCUCCCUCAGAAUUACCCACGGCCUCGAGCUCGACUCUGACUCCAGAGACGUUGUGGGUAGGGACGGAUCAGGGUCAUGUAGAUCCUGCCAGCCUUUUCAGGAAUUCCCACUUGGACCAGAUGGGCAACGUCAACCCAUUCUCGUCUUUCUCAUCUAUGAAAGAGAGGGUACCAGUUACUUUGGAGACCGGCUCGCUUCGACUCUCGGACCAAAACAUCACGGAGAACCCCCAUCCGGUGACAAAAUCAGCGCCUUUCGUGCUCGACACGCAGCGGCCAACCAUGGAGGGAGCGCGUUCAGGCGCGGAGUUGAUUUCGGAAGAAGCCAACCUACCGUCUCGCAUUGGCAUUGCUCCCGACAUCUUGAUUCAAGCAUGUGCAGCGUCCAGGCCCUUUGACCAGCUUGACGCCCAGCCACGGCAGGCCCAGGAGAUGGCUAACUCUGAUGCACCAGAGACGCCAGACGUCUCGCGUUCAGACGUUUUGACGCGAGUGGACGAGGUCGAAUCGAACGCACCGGAUGACAUGGACGUGGACGGUUCCGCCCUGGACUCAGGUUCAGAAGACGGCUCGCAUGACUCCGACUCGGACGAGGAUGAACCGUCACAGAAUUCGACCGACUCCCAAUCCAACCUUCUUCGGGAUGCUGGCGCCCAAUACAUCAAAGUUGAUGAGGCUCAUAUUAAGGCCUCGCUGUCUCAGGUGGAACUGGACGCCGAGAAUCAGCGACCCAUCGACCUUGAUGACGAGACACAGGCGAGCGCCGUCGUCAAAUCGUUAAUCGAAAAGGGCAAGCUCGGCGAAAUGCUGAAGAGGCUUGGCUACCCGGCGUUGGACGACGUAGAAACCAAGGGCCAAAUGCCCACGGACCCCUCCUCAACUGCGGGCGACAGCGGCAACAUCUACAAAUGCCAGGAGUGUCAGAAGCCUUUUCAGCGACGUUGCGAGCUCAAAAAACAUUUGAAGCGCCACGCAAAACCCUACGCAUGUACCUAUGUCAACUGCAACAAGAGGUUUGGUAGUAAGAAUGACUGGAAGCGGCAUGAAAACAGCCAGCACUUCCAAGCCGAGAUUUGGCGCUGUGCCGAGAGGCCCACCGACCGGCCGGACCAAGGGGAAUGUGGCAAGGUUUGUCACAGCAGAGAAUCUCUUCGAACUCACCUCGAAGAGGAACACGGCAUCCGCGAUUUUGUCGUGCUCGACAAGAGACUCGCUGACUGGCACCUGGGCCGGAACUACGAGUUUCGCUUCUGGUGCGGUUUCUGUCAGAAGACGAUCGAGUCAACAGGCAAGGAGCGCCCUGCGCAUAGCCAGCGGUUCGACCAUAUCGACGACCACCUCAAUGGCAGGCACGGCUUGCCCAAGGCCGAUAUCAAAGACUGGAAGCAUGUUGAUACCGAAUCCAUUGAAUCGCCGGCCAGCCUGCCAGGGAAGUCCAGGCGAUCCAAGGGCAAGCAUAUGGUCCUCGCGGGCAAGGCGCGCAAGCGCGGCUAUGACGGAGGCGGGGAUGACGGCUCCUCGAGGUCGAAAAGGCUCAAGGACGGCAGAGGCAUAGUGUGGUUCUGGGAAUGCUGUUUGUGUCACCAUUAUUGGAGGGAGAGCAUAACGCCCAAGUGCAUGAAUGACGGGUGCAACCACGAGUGUUGCGAAAACUGCGACCGCGAGCCCGCUACUUCUCUCGAGAACGAGCCUGAGCCCGAGCCCGAGGUCCCACCCUCCAUCCGGGACCGGGAGGAGGAUGGUAUUAUGAUGUGACGAGUACAGUUAAACACUUGAUGAUGUGAUACCCUGGGAACUUGGAUAUUUCUGAACGAUCGGAUGCUGCAUG